AAUCAGUAACACGGCGUCAAACAGACAUUCUGCACAACACAGUCAAGGGAGAGCAGUGAGAACUGUUGAAAGAGCCUACUCGACUGAACCACCGUCAAAGGUCAUGGCCUCUCCAAGAGUCGAAUGUGUUGUGAAAGAGAGGAGUGAGAUUGGGGAGGGUCCAGUGUGGGAGGAAAAAGAAAGCAUUCUUCUGUAUGUGGAUGUCUGUGGUAGGCGCGUGAGCAGAUGGAACUCGGCAACCAAUCAAAUACAAAGUCUUACCACAGAGAAAUUUGUGGGAUGCGUGGUUCCGCGGACGUCAGGAGGUUACAUAGUAUGCGAGGGGAGACGCUUCGCAGCAUUAGACUGGGAGAAGCGAAGCCUGACCACCAUUGCUGAGGUGGAUAGCGACAAAGUCAACAAUCGCUUCAACGACGGCAAAGUCGAUCCAGCUGGCAGGUUUUUCGCAGGCACAAUGCUCCUAGACUGGGAGCAGGGACGUAGAGAUGGUUCUUUGUACUCUUUGCAUCCUGACAACAAAGUAGUCAAACACUUUGACAACGUGGGCAUCUCUAACGGCCUGGACUGGUCUCUGGACCAUCGAGUCUUCUACUACAUCGACAGUUUGAACUACAUGGUAGAGGCCUUUGAUUACAACAAACAGACCGGCAGCAUCUCUAAUCGCAGAUCAGUAUACAAACUGGAGAAAGAAGAGGGUGUGCCUGAUGGUAUGACCAUUGAUAAUGAGGGAAAGCUCUGGGUUGCCUGCUUUGAUGGAGGAAGAGUGCUACGUAUUGACCCACAGACAGGCGCUAGAGUUCAGACAGUAAAGCUGCCAGCUCAGAAGAUCACAUCCGUCUGUUUUGGUGGAAAAGACUACAGUGAUCUGUAUGUAACAUCAGCCUCCCUUGGGCUGGACGACCAGGAGCUGGCCAAACAACCCGAAGCAGGAUGCAUAUUUAGGGUUACAGGUCUCGGUGUGAAAGGACUUCCUCCUAAUUCAUUCGCUGGUUGAAAUUUCAGUGAAAUCUAUUCCCGUUAGCUGUAUCAGAAAAGGAAUUGCAUUGAUCUAACACUUCAUAACAAUGUCUCAAUCACAAACAAAACUAUUCUUAAAUUGUGUUAGAAAUCCGUUAAAGCAUUGUUUGAUUGGUUUCUCAUCAGCAUGAAAAACCUCAGCUUUGAAGGCAGUAUGCGAUGGAUUACAGCAAUCUAGCUGUGCCAGACUGAUCAUGCAUCAGAUUGAUGGACAAUUUUUAAAACGGACCUAAAAUGGAUAAUGAAAAGGGUCUUUGGAUAAUCCUUUGGAAUUAAAAAGUGUACAUGAAUGAAGCAGGAGUUGACUUUGACAUGUUUUCAUGUCUUGCAUUUUGCAUUAUGCUUCAGAUAAUUUCGUAAGGGAUAAUGUUCAUCUGCAGAUAAUACUAAUAUACAGCAUUACCAGUAGAAUAAGUAUUACCAAUACAGGUAAUAUUUAAUACACUACCGUGUAUUAAAUAUUACCUGUAUUGGUAAUACUUAUUCUACUGGUAAUGUUUUACCAGUCUAAUGGUAAAACAUUAAUGUCUUCCAUUAGCUUUUGUGUAAUGAGCUUGAAGUUUGGAAAUUAAAAGUGAAAGUGUAAGGUUAUCACAAAUGAAGAACAACUGGAGGAAUGUAAAACAUUUUUAGGUGAAUGCAUUAAGAAAAUAAAAAGGAAAAAUGAA